AUGAAAAUGGAAGUACCUGCGCUCCAUCAUGACGCACUUCAGCAGCAAUUUGACGCUCUGUACAUGUCGAAAGUGAUGCAAAAUCUGAAUGAAAGUAACGAGACGCCACAAGUUAUUGCGAAUAAACUUGAAAACGCUCUGCGAAACUUGCAAGAAUUACAGCAAGAAUUUGUUAGGAAACAGUCCAAACAAAAUUUACUGGACCGAUUGGCGCAAGUAGAGACAUUGGAGGCCCUACAGCAGGCAGCGGUGGUAAGGAAGGCGCAGGUAAAAGCGGGUUUUGAGCAGGAGCAAAGGGAACUCCAGACUGCAGUGCAGGAGCGUAUACAUGCACUUGAAUUAUUAGAGAGACUAGGAGAUGAGGUAGAGCACGAAAAGCAACAGGUAAUUGAACAUGAACGAGCACGGGAAGUGCACGAGAGUGAUUUGGCUCAGUUGAAUGAGGUGUGGAAGAAGAUUCAGAAGAGAAAUGCACACCGCAAGGCUGCGGUGCAGGUAGCGACUGGGGUCAUGAUUACAGACGAGGAGGACUGCAAUCGUGUGCUCGAUCAGCAAACGCAGAGCAUUCAGGAAAUGCAUCAGAAGCAGAAACGGCUUGAGGAUCAGAAAAUCGAUAUUAGUACCCAAGUCAAGCGGACCAAGGGGACGAUUGAGAAUUUGUCGAAACAGAAUGACCUGAGGAGUAAGGAUGCUGAGGUGAAGCAACGAGAACAGGAUUACAUGACGCUUCAACAAAUGAAGAAAUGGUAUGACCACGUCAGAAGUAUCCAGGAAUCUCUCUCUGGACUGGAAAUUACGAAGAUAACCGAGGAUUACCUGGAAGUACAAGUUUUAAGGUCGCACUCGUUUUUGAGCUCUAAUGUAGCGUCUUCUGACCUUGUGGAGAUUGCCGUGCGCGACAAUAGCGUUCAGUAUUUAUUGUGCGAAUAUCGCGAACGUCUGCGUGAGUACCUACCGCAGUGA